CCAAUCAGCGUUCUCGUUGGAUUCGACGUCAUGGGUUGGCAAACAUGGCGUCGUACUCAGACUCUUGCGGCGAGAACUUAAUACUCGAAGUUCAGAAAUACCCUCAGUUGUAUGACAGAUCGUUGGAAGCUUAUAAAGAUACACUCCAAAAACAAGAUAUUUGGGAGGCCGUUGGAGGGAGAGUGAACAUGUCAGGGCCACAGGCUGCCAAGAGAUGGAAGGACAUCCGGGAUGCCUUUCUGAAGUCUAGAAAGAAGCAAGAUACAAAGAAUGUCAAGCCCUAUAAAUAUGAACACGUUCUGGGAUUCCUGCUUCCAUACUUGAAAACAAGAAGCAACAUGGCUAUGAAUGACGACUCAUUUGCUGACUGUGAUAGCGAUGGGCAUUGCGAUAGAGGAAGUGAAGGGGAGCUUGUUGAAACUCAAUUGAACAAUUCCAAUAAACCCCCCAUUCCAGUACCUGUGUAUCUCAUUGCGAGGAAACGGAAACGGGACGAGUCUCUCCAACUGGGAGAUGGUAUACUGAACUGUUGCAAAGAGGUGCAGAAUGGGACAGUGGAGGAUGAAGACGAUGCAUUCUUUCGGUCCAUGGCCGCCAUGUGCAAGAAGCUUCCACCGUCCGUCAAAUCAAGAGUCAAAUUUCAAAUCCACAAGUUCCUCUUUGAGGCGGAGAUGGAACACAGUGGUGAGAAUAGCUAGUAAAAUAGCAAAUACGUGCAGUGCUUCAAGUUGUAAAUAGUCAAAUAAAUCAUUCCUUCUUUUUUAAAAACUACAUGUAAAUAUUGUCUUUUGUUGCUUUAUCCAUGUACAUUGUAUACUGAAAGUUGUUUUUAAGGACAUGUAUAAAUUUAUUAUAAAGAUUGUUUAAAUUGGCCUUCCAUCUAUAACUAGUGAUUUUUUAAGAAUGUUGAAUAAGCAUAUUGAUUAAGAACACUGGGGGUUUGAACUUGUUGGCUUUCUUUUAAUGAUUAAAAUCCUUGUUUUAGAGAAUGACACUUUGUGAAACAAACUUGUGCCUCUUUUUGGGAAAGAGUAGGUUUCAUUUUGCCCAUAAAACUUUUGACUUGGCAUGUUAGGGUGAAAUAGAGUAAAUAUUUUGACCCAUAAAGUCAGCAUUAAAAAAAAAUCCAACCAUACGUUUGUAGAAUGGCACAUUGAGAAAAAUUGGCAUCUUUUUCAGUGUCUUUCUGAUAUGAAAAAAUCAGGUUACAUUUGGCUUCUGAAGACUUUGUCCCAGAUUGUGUACAAUUUGAAUAAAUCCUAGGAAAAAACUACAUUUAAUGACUGUGUAACUAGUUGAAAAGGGUGUCAUGUACAUGUGUUGACUUUGGUAUGAAAUAUAUAUUUUUCUCUUUCUCAUCAGUUGUUAAUAAAAGCAGUGUCUUUGUCAGGGAGAAAACCUUGA